CCGCCGCUUUGGUCUCCCUGGCAACCGGCGCGCGCCGGGCGCCGCCGCCGAGGAGAUGCUACCACGACGGCCCCGCGAUCCGCUGCAAGCCGUGCGGCGCCGCAGUCAGGAGCUGAAGCUGCAGGUCGACAGCUUGCUUUCUGAGAGCCAACUGAAAGGAGCUCUAGAACAGAAUAAAAGUCGAGAUAUUUACCAAAGAUGUAUCCAGUUAAAACAGGCAAUAGAUGAAAAUAAAAAUGUUCUUCAGAAGUUAAGCAAAGCGGAUGAGUCUGCACCUGUUGGCAACUAUAAUCAGAGAAAGGAGGAGGAGCGGAAUUUUCUGGACAACCUCACUCAACAGCUGCAGGAACUUGCUUUGACCACAAGUAGAGAACACGCAACUGAAGCUGAUGUGCCUACUGAGAAAGAGGAAGGUGAGGAUUCUUCCGAGGAAGAUGAAGAAGAUGAUGAAGAAGAAGAAAUCGAAGAAAGUGGUGGAGAGGAGGAAGAAUCAGAAUCGGAAGAGGAAGAAAAUCAGGGAAAUGAAUCUCCCAAACAGACAAGUAAAAAAUACAUUGCUCUUGGAGAUUUUACUGCUCAGCAGGUUGGGGAUCUUACAUUUAAGAAAGGGGAAAUUCUCCUUGUAAUUGAAAAAAAACCCGACGGUUGGUGGAUGGCUAAGAACACCAAAGGAAAUGAAGGUCUGGUCCCCAGAACCUACCUGGAGCCCUAUGAUGCAGAAGAAGAGCAGGCAUCAAGUGAAGAGGGCAGUGAGGAGGACGGCGGGGACACAGCGGACGAAGCCGGAGCUAGGCAGAGAACUGAGUCCCGCUGCAGCGCUGCUCGAAAAGCUCUCUCAGAGCAGGAGAACACCGUGGACGUGCUGACCACCAUGGGCGCCAUCCCCACGGGCUUCCGGCCGUCCACGCUCUGCCAGCUGCUGGAGGAAGGGAAUCAAUUUCGAGCAAGUUACUUCUUGCAGCCUGAGCUCACGACAUCACAGCUGGCCUUUAGAGAUCUGAUGUGGGAUACCAAAGCAGGCACCAUUAGGUCAAGACCAAGUCGUGUUUCCUUGAUCCUCACCCUGUGGAGCUGUAAGAUGAUUCCUCUCCCAGGAACGAGCAUUCAGGUUCUCAGCAGACAUGUUCGUCUCUGUCUGUUUGAUGGUAAUAAGGUCCUGAGCAACAUUCACACUGUGAGGGCCACGUGGCAACCCAAGAAGCCCCAAACCUGGACCUUUUCUCCCCAGGUCACGGGCAUCUUGCCAUGCUUGCUCCAUGGAGACUGUUUUAUCAGAUCCAAUUCUUCAUCUCCAGACCUUGGAAUAUUAUUUGAACUUGGAAUUUCUUAUAUUCGCAAUUCCACUGGGGAGCGGGGAGAGUUGAGCUGCGGCUGGGUGUUUCUGAAACUCUUCGAUGCCAGUGGAGUUCCCGUGCCAGCCAAAACCUACGAGCUCUUCUUGAACGGUGGCACUCCUUAUGAGAAAGGUGUUGAAGUGGACCCUUCCGUGUCCAGAAGAGCACAAGGCAGCGUUUUCCAGCAGAUGAUGACGGUGCGAAGGCAGCCUCAGCUGCUGGUGAAGCUGAGGUCUCUGAACAGAAGGUUGCGGAGCCUGCUCAGCCUCCUGCCAGAAACGCUGAUUGGAGGCACGUGCUACAUUCACCUGCUGGUGUUCUACCGACAAAUCCUUGGAGAGGCGCUCCUCAAGGAGAGGACGAGCCUGCAGAGCACUGAUCUGAUUAGCCACCCCGUGCUGGCCACCUUCCCCAGGCUCCUGGAGCAGCCGGACGUGAUGGACGCCCUCCGGAGUUCGUGGGCUGAGAAAGAAAGCACGUUGAAAAGAUCGGAGAAGCUCUCAGUACCCAUAUCAGAGAAAGAGAAGGAGAAAGAAAACCAGCCUGAACUGUAUCAUACUAUUGGAAAAAAUGUCUGCUCUUGCUUCUGUUGCUUGGUAAUCAGCAAAGGGAACUCGCGUCCCACCGUGAGUGGUGUUUGAUUUCUGUAGUCCAGGGUUCAGCCAACGUUUUCUUGUUUGGAAGGGAGAGAACCCAGGGACCCUGAAACACUGAGCCGCAUCCCCAGCCCUUUUUAUUUUUUAUUGAGAGACAGGGUCUCUAAGUCCUUAGGACCUCGCCAAGUGGCUGAGGCCGGCCUCACACUUGCAAUGCUCCUGCCUCAGCCUCUAAGGCCACUGGGAUUACAGGUGUCACCACUCUGCCUGGCCAGAUCGUAAAUAUUUUUGACUUCGUGGGCGCUGUCAUCUCUGAGCUAGUGCUCAGCCCUGGGUGGAGGCACGGCUCCUUGUGGAACACUCACAUAGCAUGUGUGAGGCCCCUAGCUGCAAAAGCAGCCCCAGACAUGUAAGUCUGAGCGUGGCUGUGCUUCUAGAAAACGUGAUUUUAAAAAGAGGGAGAAGGCCGAAUUUGGCCCACAGUCCUCAGCUCGCUGGUUGCUGAACCAUGUUGCUCAUCUGCGAGGAACAUGGAGAACAGGGAGCUAGGACCCCGCAGACCUAGGGCCUGUCUAGAGUGCACCCUUAGUCCCUGGGACUGCCCUGCACCCGCGUGGUGUGGCUGGGAGACACCCCCGGCGCCCCCACCUGCUGAUACCUCACCGCCCUUGUCAGGAGCCUCCAGGCGCGGCUGCAGGUCAGGGGCACUUCUCCUGGGUCUGUUUUCUCGGGACCCCAGGCAGAACGCUGGCCGGGCCCUCGCAGCGACAGGACCCUAGUAGGGAGCCGAAGGGACGCAGGCUUAGCACUGCGUUCAGUCGACCUGCGGGGACCACGGCCUGUGGCAGAAGCCGAGGGCAGCGGCCUGGUCCCCUGGACUCAGGGCCUGACGCCAGGGGCUUAGGAUGAGCGGGGUCUCCAGGAGCCUCAGAGCCUGGAGAGCCGCGCCCCGCUCCGCACCCGCUCCUCGCACCGGCACGGUCCCCCGGCACCCUCCCGCCGCCUGGUGGCCUUCAGCUGAGGGUCGGUCCCCACAGCAGCCACGAAGGUCGGCUCACGGCUCGCCGUC